GGGGCCAGCGAGUGUGGAGCGGGACAGACGCGAGAGCGGGACCGACUGGAGGGUGGGACCGGGCCUGCGCGCGGCGCCGGGCGGAGCUGCCCUGGAACUUGCCGCCCACUCUGGCCCAGUCCGGGCGUAGAGGCCGGCCGGACGAGCCAUGCACGCGGGGAGAAACGGGCUCUUGGCCGCGGGGAUUCUCGGUGUGGCCUGUCUGGUGCUCCAUUUGGACUUCAUCAGCUGUGUUCCCCAGCCGAUAUACGGAACUGUAAACAUGAGCGUAACUUUGUACACAUCAGGCUCUAUACCCAUUAAAGAGAUAAUGUGGAAAAAAAAAAAAGAUAAAGUCGUAGAAUGGGAUGAAGAACUCUUAAAGCCCAGAGCUUACCCACCGUUUGUAGAUAGGGUUCAUCUGGACAUCACAUCAGGAAACCUUACCAUCUUCAAUCUAACAUCAUCGGAUGAAGAGGACUAUGAAGUCGAACUUUCAAGCAUUACCGAUACCAAGUUCACCCUUUACGUGAUUGAGCCUCUUCCAUUUCCAACACUAAAUUGCACAUUCACUGCUGAAGACAUUACAGUCCGCUGCAGGAUCCCGGAAACCUACAGCAGCCAUAUAAACCUUAUAAAGUACUCCUGGAAUUGCUUCUCGGAACAGUGUCAAAAUAACACCAAUUCAUCUGAAGUUUCUAUUAAGAGGGAAAGUGAUCUCUCACAGGAAAUACAGUGUAUCAUCAGUAAUCCGUUGUCCAAACAGGCAUCAUCACUGGUUUUAGCAACCUGUGUCCCAGGUAAUUCAAGGCACAGUUUUGUGAUUAUAGCAGCAGUGUUAUUUGUGAUGAUACUGGCAAUGUGUGUAUUGCUGCAUAGAAGAGAUUUUCUGAAACGUGGUGGAGAAAGAGACAGAACCGACUCCAGCUGACUGGUGCUUCAAGAUCAAACCAAGUGUACAGUAACUAAGUUAUUUAAGUAACGAAAAGUCAUCUGGUUUACCAUUGAAGUUUGACAUCAUUUUCAAGGAAAUUGUGGAAUCCUAAGCUGAAGUGGUCCUUUGGCAGAGGGUCUUUUUGGGAACACUUGGUGGGGUGGGGGGCGGGGGGGCUCAGUCGACUGAACUUCUGACUCUUGGUUUCGGCUCAGGCAUGAUGCCAGGGUCGUGGGGUUGAGCCCUGUGUUGGGUCCAUCCUGAGUGUGGAACCUGCUUGGGAGUCUCUCUCUCUCCUUCUGCCCCUUCCCCACUCACGCUCACUCUUUGCUCUCUCUCUCUCUCUCUCUCUCUCUCUCUCUCUCUCCAAAAUAAAAAAAGCGUUUUUUGGUUUGUUUUUUUUUUUGAAGAAACAUCAACUAACAACCAGCAUCCGUAGCUGUCCUGUCGUUGCUACUGUUUUUGGCUCCACUACUGUGUAUGACGGUCUCUCAAUGUUUUAUAAAGCUUAUGUCAGGGAUGUAUAUAUUGUAAAUAAAUAUGUAAGCGGUCGGUGGUCUGCAGGGACACUUGUGUCCUUAAGAUCUCUGACGCACUCAGUA